AUGGCUUCUACAACCUACUCAGAGUUCGGAAGCAACACUGAAGGCGUCGAUAUCGCUAAGGCUUUCCCUGAAGGUAUUCAUGGCAAGAAUAUCCUCAUCACUGGUGUAAACCGUGGUGGUAUUGCAUUCUCAACUGCCCAUGCGUUGGCUACGCAAGCACCAGCUCUGCUCAUCCUCGCAGGCCGCAGCCCAGCCAAAGUCCAGGAGAGUAUCGAAGCUCUCAAGUCAGAAUUCCCGGACGUUAAGUACCGUUUUCUUGAGGUCGACCUGUCCAGCCAGAAGUCCGUCCGCAAGGCAGCUGAAGAAUUGUCCGACAUCCCAACCAUUGAUAUCGUCAUCAACAGUGCUGCUGUAAUGGGUGUUCAGAAACGUACGCUCAGCGAAGAUGGUAUCGAGUUGCAACUUGCAACCAACCAUCUUGGACACUGGCUUCUUACCUGUCUUCUGAUGCCGAAGCUUAUCAAGGCAGCAGAAGGCAAGCCGAAGGGGUCUGUCAGAAUCGCCAAUAUCACUUCCGCCUCUCCAAUGUCUUCCAGUAUGCGCUGGAGUGACAUGAACUUUGACAAGAAGAAUAAAGAUCUCCCACAGGAUGAACAGCCAAGUUAUGAUCUUUUCAAACUCUGGGGUUACAACAAUGCUGAAGACGUGCCCUACAUCCCCCUAGAUGGCUACGAUAGGAGUAAAGUCGCCAACGUCCUCUUCAGCAUCGGCGCAAACAAACGUCUCUUUGAAAAGCACGGAAUCCUUUCAGUUGCUGUCCAUCCAGGUGUUAUCAUGACCACCGAACUUCCAAGGCACUUUCCGCAGGAGACUAUCGAAGCUGCGACGAAGCUCUGUGAAGCUGGUCUCUACGCUGUCAAGUCUGUAGGCGCAGGAGCCUCGACUGGUCUUGUUGCGGCGCUGGACCCGAAGUUGGCUGUUGGAGUUGGUGAGACUCACGAGGGAAGUGAGAAUUAUGGAACUUAUCUUGCUGAGUGUCAAAUCAGUGAGCAAGCGAGAUCUCUUGCUGUUUCGAGCAGUGAGGCUGAGAAGUUGUGGAAGUUUUCAGAGAAGCUUACAAUCCUUUUCAAUUUUCUCAAGAUUCGCCGUCUAAUCGUGACAAUGCCUGAAUUUGACAAUGACUUCUCCAAUAAUCUUUUUAGUGAUCUGGCGCCGCUGCUCACUUUGUUCGGUGAGCAGGUUACAAUCCAAUUCCUAAGUAUGAGUAUGGGAUGGGCCGAUAAUAUCUUAUUAUCGAUGGGUCCUCUCGGUGUAGUUACCAUCAUAGUCAGUGCUAUACGCGUUGCAGGUGAUAAGAGGCUCAAGGCGCUCAUUGGAAGAGCACGAGAAAGUCAUUCAGUGGCAGAACAAGAUCUGUUGUCGUCAACAUCCGGAGACGUCUGUGAGAUGUGGAGCGGACAACAAAUCGUCCGUUUGAUUGGAGAUUCGCAAGAAACGAAGAUGCUCGUCGCCUUGGGUAAUGGUAAGAUCUGCGACAUCGCCACUGCUAAUGGGAUGGUACUCUUUUGGGACGACAAAAGCGGCGAUAUAUUUAACAAGAUACCCUUCAAGUUGUGUAGCAUUAUCAAUGACACAGCUCCGAGCCUCGCCUUGAAUGUGCCUCAGGCUGUGGCACCAAAGUGGGAAUUAUGGUCAUGGACCGCUCUGAGUAUCCUGUUACAAUCUGUGGCAUUGCUUUUCCCAGGACUCAUCACCUUUUGGUGGAGAUGGAAAAUAGAUGACAGUCCUCCUGACGCCUAUGCAUACCCCUGCUUUUGCGUUGGAACGAUAUGCUUGAUCAUUGGGACCAUGCUCUGUGGCAGAAUCAUUCAAGGCACCACCGAGGGACAUGAGUUCUGUGUGUCCGAUAGAGGAAAAUGGAGGGAUGCGAGGGUUUUCUGGUUUCAAAGCGCAAGGACGGUUGGGGACCAGCAUUUUCCAGCUUAUGUCAUCUUUAAUGCGGAUGUCAAUGGAUCUCAGACAGUCAGAACAUCUCGUCGAGUGGAAAAGGAUUAUAGGUUCCUUGCCACCUGCUCAGCCUUGCUGGCGGUAACUGGAUACAUCAUCCAGUUCGUCGGAUUUCGCGCUCUUCACUGGUCCGCCACUGUUGUCCAACUUGGCGUAACGCUCGUCAUCACGGCCAUCAGAUCCUGGGUCAGGCGCGGUUUAGGGGAGCAUCCGAUAGCCAUACCAGCUAAAGAGGGUCAUGAACUGGCUUGGUUGGCCCUCUUGCUAAUGAACGAAGCACAGGAAAACGCCACUUUAUCCGAGGGCCUAAAGUUGAAGAACUUCUGGCAGUUGAUAUCGUCGACCAUGACAAUCGGCUCAUCCCCUUACGAGGAAGUCCCGGAACGGCUGUUCAAGGCCCAAUCUUCUGUUCCGAUAGUCGGCCCUCUGAGUACCACUUUGACUGUGCUUCCUCUUGCGGCAGUGAAGAAUCAUCUUCCCGCCGAACAUAAACCACUUUUGACUUUCAAUGAAGCUCAAAGGUUCCGAAUAAGAGGAACAGAUGACCAAGAAAUUGUCAAGAUUGCAAAGUCCCUCCAAAAGGUUCUUGAGCAAGUAAUGAACUUGAUUAGCCAACAAGGAAUAGUACGCUGGAAGAACCCAGAACUUGCGCGAUCGAUGUCGGUAGAGCAGUAUCUUUUUACCAAAGGCAACCCGGCGAUGGAUAUUGUAUGGGGACUCGAUAUUGGAUUGGGCCAGUUCUCGGAACAUGGCUUGACCACUGUUUCGGUCGAGCCUCUUCAAUUGCUAUUCAGAAGGAAAAAUGAUAGAUCCCUGAGCGCUAGAGGAAAUAAUGGGAGAUCUACCUGGACGCUACUCGAAGCGGAUUAUCUUACGGCUAUUUUAUCACUUUCUGCGUGCUCCUGGGCAGUUCUGGAUGAAAAGCGCAAUCCAAGGAUAACUAGCAGUUUCUCCAGACGUAUUGUGGGGCAUAGUUCAGUCGAAGAAAUCCAGGAAAAGGUUGAUAAACUUGAACGGUGGUUACAGAUUUCCGGCCUCAAAGUUGAGAAGGCUUUGAUACAGGAGAGAGAGAAAGAUUCUGAACACCCUGAUACAUAUGGGUGGAGGCCAGCCGGGGACAUUUGGUGUCUCGGCAUGUUUCUCUCGUCACUAUCCAGGAUGGCUUUCGAAGACCAGGGUGUCACCCAAGAGGGUGAGAUUAUCCACGCCGAUAACUUCUCAGAUGGAGACUCUACCAUCUCUCAGCCACUUACCGACUCUGUUGCUUCUCUUCGGUCGAGUAUUCUCCAGUAUCAGAUUGAGAAUGGUCGAACUUAUCAUUCCAUGAGCGCCGGAAAAUACGUAUAUCCGAACGAUCAACGAGAGAAUGAGCGGCUGGAAAUUCAGCAUAACAUCUGGCUGCUGACCCUGCGUGGAAGUCUUGCGCUGUGUCCCAAGGGCAAUGAACCUGCGCAGCGAGUUCUGGAUUUGGGCACCGGGACUGGAUGUUGGGCUAUUGAAUAUGCUGAUGCGUUCCCGGAGUCAGAGGUCAUCGGCGUUGACUUGAGCCCAACCCAGCCAAGCAUGGUCCCUGUGAACUGUACCUUUGAGGUCGACGAUCUUGAAAAAGACUGGAAUUGGACAAAGCCAUUCGACUUCAUCUUCAGCCGUGUCAUGGCAGGUAGCUUCGAAGACUACGACGCCUACAUUUCAAAAGCAUACAACGCCCUUGAACCAGGCGGAUGGCUCGAAAUGCAAGACAUAGUCGCACCCUACAAAUCUGACGACGGCACCCUCAAACCUCAUCACGAACUCUUCAAACUAGGUACCUACUUCUGCAAAGGUAGCAAGAUCCUCAACCGCUCCGCUGAAGCACCCCGACACUAUAAAGCCAUAAUGCAAGAGGCUGGUUUUGUCAACAUCAAGGAGCAUCAUCUCAAGUGGCCGCUUAGUGCAUGGCCUAAAGAUCCUUACUACAAAGAGAUGGGAGCUUGGUGCUUUGCGAAUUUGGAUGGAGGGCUUGAAGGGCUGACCUUGGGGCUGUUCACGAGGGCGUUGAAGUGGACCAAGGAAGAGACUUUGUUGUUCUGUGCGGAGGUGAGGAAGCAGCUUAGGGAUCCUAAGAUCCACGCUUAUCUUCCUAUAAUCGUCGUGUAUGGGCAGAAGCCCGAGGCGAUGGACUAG